AACUCUCGGAGCCGCUAUCGUCGAAAAUGUCCAGAGGAUCGAGUUACACUACGCCCCAUCUUUAAGCCGCAGUCAGUGCACCGUUAGCGGGAGGACAACAGCGGAUAGGAUAGGAUACUGCCCGCCGGGAAAGUAAAGCCUCCACACUCAUGCCUUGAAAAAGGGAAGAGUUUGAAAUUGCUGUUAAUGGGGAGAAAUCACAUUCACCCGCAGUUCUAAAAAUGAUAGAAACAAUGGAUACACAGCGUGCCUUGCAGGCGGUGGAGCGUCUCCAGGCCAAACUGAAGGAGCGGGGGGAGGUGCCCACUGAGGAGAAGCUCAGCCUGCUCAAAUCGGUGCUCCAGAGCCCCCUCUUCCACCAGAUCCUGGCCUUGCAGAAGUCCGUCCAGCAUCUCAGAGACCAGGGCAGUGUCCCGGUGUCACGUGGGAGUGACCCCGCCGAUCACGUUGCCGCAGUCAAGCCCAACGGCGGCCAUGUUUCCUACUCAGACACAUCAGCCUCUGCACACAUCAAUGGCAAGACACCAUCUGAAGAAUUUGAACACAUUAUUCACUCCAUGGCACAGGGGCGCUACGUGACACACGUGGAGCUGGAGAAGCCGGUGUCAGGAGGUCUCGGCUUCAGCGUGGUGGGCCUGAAGAGCGAGAACCGCGGAGAGCUCGGCAUCUUCAUCCAGGAAAUUCAGCCGGGAAGUGUGGCUCACUGUGAUGGGAAGCUCAAAGAAGCUGACCAGAUCUUAGCCAUCAAUGGCCAGCCCCUGGACCAGACAGUGACCCACCAGCAAGCUAUAGGCAUCCUGCAGAGUGCUUCAGAGAGGGUUCAGCUCACAGUGGCAAGAGGGCCGAUCCCUCAGCUGGCCAGCCCUGUGGUGUCCCGCACGCCAUCCGCUGCCAGUACACUGUCAGCCAACUCCAGCGCGUGGCAGCACGUGGAGACAAUCGAGCUGGUCAACGAUGGCACGGGUCUUGGUUUCGGUAUUGUGGGAGGAAAGACCACUGGGGUCAUUGUCAAAACCAUCCUUCCUGGAGGCAUAGCCGAUCAGGAUGGCCACCUGCGCAGCGGGGACCACAUCCUGAGAAUUGGGGACACCGACCUGUACGGCAUGGGCAGCGAACAGGUGGCCCAGGUCCUCAGGCAGUGUGGCAACAGGGUGAAACUGGUAGUCACCAGGGGUCCUGUGGACGAGAAUCCCUCCGUCUCUGCUAUCAUGCCCGUGGUGCUCCCCACUGUGGAUGAACAACAGGACUAUGAGGAAGAGGAGGCUGAAGCAUUUGAUGUGAGCCUUACCAAGAACACCCAGGGACUGGGGAUCACUAUUGCUGGCUAUGUUGGAGAUAAAAAUUCAGAGCCCUCUGGAAUUUUUGUCAAGAGCAUAACAAAAGACAGUGCCGUGGAUCAAGAUGGCCGUAUUCAUGUUGGAGACCAGAUAAUAGCUGUCGAUGGUGUGAACAUCCAGGGAUACACCAAUCAACAGGCAGUGGAAGUGCUCAGGCACACAGGCCAGACAGUCCACCUUAAGCUGAUCCGGCGGGGGUUCAAGCCGGAAGAGAUCCCCCCUGCUGUGGCCCCCAGUGUCGCCGUCCUGCCCCCUUGCACCACCAUCCCCACUACGACCACAGUCAUGAGGGAGCUAGAGCUGGAGAGGAAGAAGGCUGAGGAGGAUGCUCAAGUCACCACAGAUGAAAAGCUGCUCCAGACAAAGAGUGAAGGAUCUGAUGUCAGCCCAGCCACGGAUCAGCUAACAGAAGACAAACAUGGGAUGAAACUAACAGCCUUUGAAGAGGAAGAGCUAAUGAAGAAGUGGCAAGAAAUUCUAGGUCCAAGUAAUGAAGUUGUAGUGGCUCAGGUGGAGAAAUUUAGUGAGAGCAGCGGCCUGGGCAUCAGUCUGGAAGCCAACAGUGGGCAUCAUUACAUCCGCUCUGUUCUACCUGAGGGACCUGUUGGUCGCUGUGGCAAGCUGUUCAGUGGAGAUGAACUGCUUGAGGUCAAUGGUAUAUCCCUAAUUGGUGAAACCCACAAGGAAGUAGUGAGAAUUUUGAAGGAGCUUCCACUCUGUGUAUACAUGACAUGCUGUAGGCCUGCCCCUCACCUGCAGACGGACUUGGAUGCUGUCCAGCCACAGCCAGAAGCUUUGUCCACAACACCUGAAUUGAAGAAGCAAAUAGACCUGAGCAGCGUACUGGUUGCUGAAGACACAGAGGUGAACGCAGCAGCAGCGACACAGGAUAAUGUGACAUGUGAGGAGGCAAUAGGAUCUCCUUUGGCGAUGUGGGAGUUGGAGGUCCAGAAUAUCGAGCUUGAAAAGGGAGAAGGGGGAUUGGGAUUCAGCAUUCUGGACUACCAGGACCCGCUGGACCCAGCCAAGACGGUGAUUGUGAUUCGCUCUCUGGUUCCCAACGGUGUGGCUGAGCAGGAUGGCAGACUGUUGCCAGGAGAUCGACUCAUGUACGUUAACACCACCAACCUGGAGAACGCCAGCCUGGAGGAUGCUGUCCAGGCCCUGAAGGGGGCCAAGCUCGGCAAAGUCCAGAUAGGAGUUGCCAAACCACUGCCUGGAAUAUGUGGAUAUUCCCAGUCUCCACACCCAUAUGGUGAGCAGGAAAUUACUCCAUCAUCCACCAUCCAUUCAUUUGACUUCAACAAUAUUUUGGUUGAAGAAGGAGAGGAAGAAGGACUGACUGAGGGCAUCGUUUACCGAGCAGAGCCUGCAUUGAUUGACACCAGCGAGGCAGACCUGUCUGAUGAGAAGGUGUUAGAUCACACUUACACUGGGAUAGAGGACGACACUUUCCAGGCAUCCAUGAUUGCUCUUCAUGGCAGCACCUGCAGCGCAGACCUGGAUUACCUACAUUCCUCCACGCCCAAGCUGACAGCUCGCCUGGACUUGUUGGACGAGCAUCCCCGCUUCGCAACACCGUCCGGCCUCGCAGACAACACUCUGUCAUUCUCUCCGGAGAAGGCUGCCUCUUUCACUCCUCCGAGUUUGAGAGGUCAUAUACCGGAUUUGAACGCCUUACUGAGCAGUUCUGAUCAGUACCCGUCACAGCGCUCGACCAAUGAGGAACCAGUGGAGUGCUCAAACUCAUACAGCAUGUUUGCUGAAAAAGGGGCCAGAUCUAACGUCCUGGAAGAACCUAUGGAGUCUCUCCACUAUGAGAAGGAACCACCUGUGUCUUUUGGAGAUAUUGGAGACAUAAAGAUUUUGAUGAAGGACGCUGAGGUUGGUGUGACAGAGUCAGCAGAAGACGGUGACAAGGAAGCGCUGACCUCGGGGAGCAAUUUUGAAAGGACGAUCACAGUUGUCAAGGGCAACUCCAGCCUCGGGAUGACAGUGAGCGCCAUGAAAGAUGGUUUGGGAAUGCUGAUCCGCAGCAUAAUCCACGGUGGGUCGAUCAGCCGCGACGGGCGUCUGGGCGUUGGAGAUCUCAUCCUGGCCAUCAACGGGGAGCCCACAGCCAACCUGACCAAUGCACAGGCUCGUGCAAUGCUCAGAAGACACUCUCUUAUUGGACCAGACCUGGGAUCUGCUUGUGCACCUGAGGACGAUCUGUGCCCAUUUUAUGUCAUUACAUAUGUUCCAGCAGAGUAUCUGGAGGAGUACAAGGCCAGCCUAGAGCAGCCUAAAGAAGAUGUCUUCUCUGAGACAGCUCCAGUCCCAGUCCCUGUUCCAGCUCCAAAAGAUAUUCCUAACCUCCCCGAACGGGAAGAUGGAGAGGGAGAGGAGAGUGCCUCUUACAGCAACUGGAACCAACCCAGGAAAGUGGACCUCUUCCGAGAGCCAGGCAAGUCCCUGGGUAUCAGCAUCGUCGGCGGCCGAGGGAUGGGCAGCCGGCUGAGCAAUGGAGAGGUCAUGAGGGGGAUUUUUAUCAAGCACAUCCUGGAAGACAGUCCCGCCGGACAGAACGGGACCCUGAAGACCGGAGACAGGAUUGUAGAGGUGGAUGGAGUAGACCUAAGAGAUGCCAGUCACGAAGAGGCAGUUGAGGCCAUACGCAGGGCAGGCAAUACUGUCUCCUUCUUGGUCCAGAGUAUUAUUCACAGGCCCAGGAAGCCGCCCCUGCCCUUUCUGCAGCUAAAUAGCCACCGCGGGUCAAGCCUCUGCUGCACUAAUCAAACCUACUUAGCGCCUGCCCUCCCUCAGUCGUUGAUAACAGACACCAGCGAGGAGAAAGUUGCAGCGAUGACGAGGGACAACAAGGACAAGGAGGGUGACAGUCACAGUAGACUUUACCUCCGCCUCUCCCCAACUAACCCUUUCACUCCUACCCCGUUUAAGCCGGCGAAGCGUGAGGCGGCGAAGGCUUCUCCCACCAGCGCUGUCCUCCUCCUGCCAGUGGUGCCCCAUGUGGGAGAGACUGAUACAGACACGCUGACAGAGAUUCCUGGCAGACCCGCUGAGGCAGAGGAGGAGAACGAGGUGGUUGAGGAGGUGGAGGAGGAAGAGGAGGAGGAUGAGUUUGGAUACAACUGGAAGAACAUAAUCCAGCGCUAUGGCAGCCUCCCAGGUGUCUUACACAUGAUCGAGCUGGAGAAAGGCAAGACAGGACUGGGCCUCAGCCUUGCGGGUAACAGGGACCGCUCUCGCAUGAGCGUGUUUGUUGUGGGAAUAGACCCCAACGGGGCGGCCGGCAAGGAUGGACGAAUGGUGGUGGGGGACGAGCUGCUUGAGAUCAAUGGGCAGGUCCUUUAUGGCCACAGUCACCAGAAUGCUUCCUCCAUAAUCAAGAGCUCUCAAUCUAAUGUCAAAAUCAUCUUUGUCAGGAAUACGGAGGCGCUGAACCAGAUGGCCGUGGGACCAGUGAGAGAACACGAGGGAGACACAUCGGAGCCCCACGCUGAGCUCCAAACAACUGCUGCUAAUGGUGACGCCGAUAUUUCAAAGUAUAUGCAUCACCUCAUAAAGCUGAAGGAGGACGGAGGACUUGGCAUCACCUUUGAGGAGGGGAACACUGAGAGUGGAGUUGAGAUUCAGAGUAUAGCUGAAGUGAAAGGACACACGGGCAGAGAGGGCUGCAUGAAACCAGGGGACAAACUCUUAUCCGUGAAUGGUGAAUCGGUGCUAGGCUACAGUGUGGAAAAGGUCAAUUCUCUACUGAGAAAAACCAAAGGUCCAGUGAAGCUAACCUUCUCUACAAAUGAGAUCCCCUCCUCCUUCUCCUCUCCCCAGUCUGCCUACCAGGACAUUGGUUGCUCGGAUGGCGUCUAUGCCAGUCUACCCAGCAUGCCGAGCGCCACCACGACUACCCUGAGUCAACCGGAGGCAGAAGCAGGAAUCAGUCCAAGUCGCUCGUCCACCCCUUCCACUCUGACCUGCGACCCGGCGACCUGUCCCAUCAUCCCAGGCUGUGAGACUACCAUCGACAUCUGCAAAGGCCGCACGGGCCUGGGCCUUAGCAUUGUGGGAGGCUGUGACACCCUGCUGGGGGCCAUCAUUAUCCAUGAAGUUUAUGAAGAAGGGGCAGCCUCCAAAGAUGGCAGGCUGUGGGCAGGAGACCAAAUCCUCGAGGUGAACGGCAUCGACCUGCGUGCAGCCAGUCACGAUGAAGCCAUCAACGUGCUGCGGCAGACCCCGCAGAGAGUCCGGCUGGUGGUCUACAGGGACGAGACCCAGUACAAGGAGGAAGACCUGUGGGACUCGUUCACCGUAGAGCUCCACAAGAAGCCCGGCCAAGGCCUGGGCCUGAGCAUCGUAGGGAGGAGAUCACGGGACCAGAGGAAUGACACAGGAGUAUUUGUGUCCGACAUUGUGAAAGGAGGUUUGGUGGACACUGACGGCCGACUGAUGCAGGGUGACCAGAUCCUGUCAGUCAACGGUGAGGACGUCAGGUCGGCCACGCAGGAGGCCACGGCUGCACUGCUCAAGUGCUGCGUGGGGCCUAUAACAAUGGAAGUAGGGAGGUUCAAGGCUGGCCCCUUCCACUCUGAAAGAAGGCUGUCUCAAAGUAGUCAGAUGAGUGAAACUGGGAGCUCCAAGGUGGCCUCCCAGUCUUGUUCAGACUCUGGAACCCUUCCCGACGACCCUGACAAACUAAGUAGUAGUCCAGAUUCUCCAGAGCAUCAGGACACCAGAACGGUUGAGUUCACUAAAGGUCCCAAUGAUUCUCUGGGUAUCAGUAUCGCAGGCGGCGUGGGGAGCCCUCUGGGUGACAUACCCAUCUUUAUCGCUAUGAUGAAUCCCGUCGGGGUGGCCGCUCAGACCCAGAAGCUCAAGAUCGGGGACCGCAUUGUCAGUAUCUGUGGAACCUCUGCUGAAGGCAUGAGCCACUCACAGGCUGUCACUCUGCUCAAGAAUGCCACGGGCACAAUACAGCUGCAGGUGGUAGCGGGCGGGGACACCACUGUGACAGGUCCCUCUCAGGAGCAGGCAGCCGGAGGUCUUCCACCCAGCUGCAUCUUCCAGGAUGACCUCGGCCCACCUCAGUAUAAGACCAUCACUCUUGGAAGAGGACCAGACGGACUGGGUUUCAGUAUAGUCGGAGGGUACGGCAGCCCCCACGGAGACUUGCCGAUCUAUGUUAAAACAGUUUUCGGAAAGGGAGCAGCAGCCGAGGACGGCCGUCUGAAGCGAGGAGACCAGAUAAUGGCCGUCAACGGGCAGACUCUGGAGGGCGUCACUCAUGAAGAAGCCGUUGGCAUCCUGAAAAGGACCAAAGGAACUGUCACGCUCACCGUGCUGUCAUAGACACAUAUGCAAACACCCACCCAGUUAAUCCACAACUAUAGGGACGGGAAUUUUAACGUAGCAACACACCUCGCAUGUGUGACAAGCAAUAUUUCACAACUAGAAGACUGUGCUAAAAAUCACCUGAUGUUCACCUGUGAAAAUAUGAACAACCGUACACUGAUAAUCAUGAAGGAGCUUAUUGCUCAAUGUAGCUUUGAACACUGUGAUCCAGUAAGCCUGUUGCAAGUAGGCUUAUGUGUGCGUCAUGAUAAAAGAGCUUUUAUCACUGAAACUCAUAUAAUGAUGAUAUAUGAUCAUAAAUAGGUUGCCACACAGAUAACAGUUUUAAUUUGUUCCUAUUAGAAUCCAUUCACUCCCAUUCUAUGGCUCUGGUAUGAAGUAUUCGCUGAACAUUGUGGCUCAAGUAUUUUGCCGUUUCCUGCAAUGAAAUGAACAGAUUGUGAGGUCAUUGUUUUCAGCUAUUAUUAUAGUGUUUUACAACAGAUGGCACCCCCAAAGCAAUAUCAGAAUAUUUCUACAGAGGAGAGGCCUAUUGUUCGAGGUUUUUUUUUUUUUUUUUAUAGUCUGGGGUCUACUUACAGGGGUGACCUCCCUCUGAAUUCAGAGCACGAAACAGCAUUAAAACACCCUUGAGGCAAUUAACAGAUGAGCAGGCUUUCGCUGAUAGCUAUAUUAGCUGAUAAUAGCAUUAUUUGUCUUUUACAUUGCACUGCUGUUGCCGAGUUAUCAUACUGAUUUUCCAUGAAAGGCUGAUGCUGCUGUAACUGGUGUUAGUCAACUUAUCAUGAAGUCACUGUUGUUUUAGCAAAAGUGGCCAAGAGAGCAUUUUUUUAAGUGCGGAAGGCUAGAAGUCUGAUAUUGUAAAUACACAGCGUGUAAACAUUUCCCUGAAGGGAACGAUGUGAAUUCCUUAAUGUCUUGUUCCUUAAACUAGGAAGCGUGGAUCGAGUGCACACUUGACUAGAUGAGGAAUUGUGUGUGUGUGUGUGUGUGUGUGCGUGUGUGUGUGUGUGUGCGUGCAUGCGUGUAUGACGUAUUCACUGAAAUAUAGUGCUGCUAAAGCCGAUAUAUAAGGUAUUAUGUCACAGUAUUUGGAUUUUUAAAAAAGUAUUAAUGAAUGAUCACUUCAUGGAGGUGUGUAGAAGAGUAAACAACCCGCUAUCUUGGUCGGUAGCUUCCUAAGUGUUUAACUUGUCAAAUGAUUAUAUAAUGGACCUGAGCUCAUUUUGACCUUAUUAUUUACCCAAACAGUCACCUAGUGUGUAGUUGUGUAAGUCCGUAGGCAUGUGUUGUGUGGUCUAGUUUCAGAAUGUUGUCGGUUCUCUGUCUUAUCACCUUAAAUAUGUGGCUCUAGUACUGUCAGUGUGACAGUAUUGGAUUUAUUUACACUGAAUUAAAUAAAAGUGACCUUUGGAUUCAA